AUGACAAUCAUUUGGAUCUGCUCAUCAAAAAAAGAACCGCCAGUGAUUGUCACAUCAAAAAUACCACUGUUUUGUCUAAAGAAACUUGGUCCUCGGCAUGUGCUGGUCGCUGGAGGAGGAGGGGAAUCUAAAACUGGCGUUUCAAAUUUGAUACAGGUACUUCUUGAUGAAUUUGUGAUCCUUAUCUACAUAGAUACAGACAUAUAUGCCACGAUGAAUAUGGACGUUGUAUGCUGUGCGGACCCUGAAAAAGGAAGGUAUCUCAUAGCAGCAGGUCAUGGUCAGGUAAGUAGUAUUCGCAUCUGUUUACAUUCUCUUCAGCAGAACCUAUUUUGCCGUUGUAUCUUGAGGUUUUGCAGUAGUGACUCUUCAAAAUGUGUGCGGUUUGAUCGUUCAACAUCUGGAAAACGGGUGGUUACCGGAGGCGAAGAUGGAAGGAUCCGUGUUUGGAACACGGAAGCUCUGGUCGAAGAUCGGCCAAUUUUGGAUAUUGAAGCACACAAAUCUGAUGUCUUCGACAUUGAUGUAACCUUUGAUGGGCGAACUAUCAUGUAUGCUCAUCUGAUCGCCACUUUAUGCAGUUUCUUCGCGCGUUCAAUCAGAUGUACUCCAUUAGGAAGUGAUGGCAACAUUGUAUUCGUCGCUGCAUACAAUGCAGCUGCACUUACUUCCAAAAAGAAAUCGUUCCUAGCACUGUGGGCUUUCAGUAGAGAAAAGAAAGCACUUCGAUCCAUUGUUGUGCGAAGCAUAGGCCAAGGAGAUGGUGUGUCGUCCCUCUGUGUGAGCCCAUGUGGAAACUACACUGGUGUGGGAAGCAUGGGGGGCAGCGUGUACAUAUACGAUACUCACGAUAUGAAAGAAAUGAUCGCAUUUAAGGAAACGCAUGGUAUAUUCGUGACCGCCGUGGAGUUUCUUGACCGAUAUGCAGCAGAUAUUCCUGGUCCUGGUGCUGUUGCACGCGCCUCAUUAAUAUCUCUCAGUGCCGACCAAACUAUUCAGGUUUCUAUUUUACAGUUUCGUUUAUCCAUAAAAUUCUUGUUGUGCUUCUCUCCCCUAUGA